AUGACGGAAUACGAUAUUGCCACUGCUUCGAACCACCUCCUAUACACUGGCAUCACUAUAUCGCCGGUGAAAGUUGUCAAAGCUCUGGGUACCUAUAUUUUUGACAAUGAUGGACGUCGAAUUCUCGACUUCACCUCGGGCCAACGGAGCUCCCUACUCGGUCAUUCUCAUCCCGAAAUUGUGGAAGUGAUAAAAAGCCAGAUUGAGACGGUUGAUCACUUACACAGCACCAUGAUCACAAAGCCUGUGGCGGACCUCGUCAUAAGAUUGGCUCGCUUACUACCCCCGCCUCUUGAGAAAACACUUUUAUUGAAUACGGGAUCGGAGAGCGUGGAAGCGGCGAUCAGGCUGGCUAAGGCCUACACUGGAAAAUUUGAGGUGAUUGCUUUGACUGCGAGCUAUCAUGGUCAGACAAGCGGUGCCAGUUCCGCCACUUUCUCCAAGUAUCGGAACACCGGGCUUCCAUGCAUGCCUGGCCAGCUGGCUUUCCCUGCACCAUAUGCAUACGGAUCGCCAUUCCAGCGGAAUGGGACUUAUUGUUGGGAAACUGAAUUUGACUAUGGAUGGUCCCUGAUCGAUCGCCAGACCGUCGGUUCACUGGCAGCCUUUAUUAUCGAGCCGAUCCUUUCUGGCGGCGGGAUUUUAGAGCUGCCUGAGCGGCGACUGAGUGCCGAGUGCAAAAAGCGGGGGAUAGUGCUGAUUGUCGACGAGGCACAGACGGGUGUUGGACGGGCAGGCAAGAUGUUCGCCUUUCAAGAGGAGGAGGGAUUUGUGCCGGAUAUCCUUCUGUUGUCCAAGACACUAGGCUGUGGGGUUCCCCUUGCGGCUCUCGUCACAAGUGUCGAAAUUGAGAAAGGCAGUCGACAGUCGGUAUUCUACUGGAACACAACGCAUCAGAAUGACCCCUUGACUGCAGCCGUUGGGAAUAAAACGCUUGAGAUUGUCGAACGUGAUGGGCUCUGUCAAAAUUCAGCCGAGCGGGGUGCCCAGCUAGCCCAAGGUUUACUCCGACUUCAGGAGAAGUAUGGGGAUUGGGUUGGAGAUACCCGUGGCCGAGGACUUCUACAGGGGUUGGAAUUGGUGUCAAAGCCAGGGGCUGGGAUGACUGCGAAGGAUUUGGGGGCUGCAGUAGUUGAGAAAGCCUUGGCCAAUGGACUGUCUUGUAGUGUUGUUCCGUCUCCCGCACAGGGAUCUGUUAUUCGCCUGGUCCCACCGAUCACUAUUUCGAGCGAGGAGAUUGACGAGGCUCUUCGGAUCCUAGACGAUACUCUCGCAGCUGUACUAGUUCAGUAA